AAUUCACCAUCACCACCACCAAACUUCCAACUUAGAGAGAAACAAAACAAAUACUAAAAAGAAAGAGAAAUACUGCCAUUUUCACUACCAUCAAUAAGAAGAAAAAUCCCAUAUUAUUCAUAGAUAAUAUCCAUUUCCAUAGCAAUGGCAAUGGAAGUUGAAUCAUCAACAAAAAACAAAGAUGAUUUACCAAACCAAGUCAAGCCCAAAACGAUGCCGUCUCCUCAACAACGAUCCAGCCCUCUCAGAAAGAUCCUCGUCGUGGCAUCCAUUGCCGCCGGAGUCCAAUUCGGUUGGGCUCUCCAGCUCUCCCUCUUAACCCCUUACGUCCAGCUCCUCGGAAUCCCCCACACCUGGUCAUCUUUCGUCUGGCUCUGCGGGCCCAUUUCGGGCCUUUUGGUCCAGCCCAUCGUCGGAUACUACAGCGACCGCUGCAAUUCCCGCUUCGGCCGUCGCCGUCCUUUCAUAGCAGGAGGAGCCACCUGCGUGAUCUUCGCGGUUUUCCUCAUCGGAUUCGCCGCCGAUCUCGGCCAUGCUCUCGGCGAUUCUCUGGGUAAGAAAACCAAACCCCGAGCCGUGGCGUUCUUCGUCGUCGGAUUCUGGAUCCUGGACGUGGCGAACAACAUGCUCCAAGGUCCCUGCCGGGCUCUCAUGGCGGAUCUCUCCGGUGGAGACCAUUCGAAGAUGAGAAGUGCAAACGCGGCGUUCUCGUUCUUCAUGGGUGUCGGAAAUGUGCUGGGUUACGCGGCGGGUUCAUACACGAAACUCUACCACAUAUUCUCGUUUACCAAAUCUCAAGCGUGCGAUGUCUACUGCGCGAACCUGAAGAGUUGUUUCGUAAUCGAUAUCGUUCUUCUAUUGGUGCUCACAGCAACUGCAUUGACAUUGGUGAAAGAGAAAACUCUGGAGGAAAUCAGAAGCGAAGGAGCUGAUGAUGAAGGAGGAGAAGAAGUGGAGAUAGUGAAAACGCCGUUCCUGGGAGAAGUGGUGGGGGCUUUCAGGGGAUUGAAGAGGCCUAUGUGGAUCCUGCUGUUGGUGACGGCGUUGAAUUGGGUCGCAUGGUUCCCGUUCUUGCUUUUCGAUACGGAUUGGAUGGGGAGGGAGGUUUACGGUGGAAAAGUCGGAGAUGGAGGACUUUACGACGAAGGUGUAAGAGCGGGUUCGCUCGGUUUGAUGUUCAAUUCUAUCGUUCUUGGUUUCAUGUCGGUUGGUAUCGAGUUCAUGUCUCGGAUUCUUGGUGGUCCCAAGAGACUUUGGGGAAUUGUCAAUUUCUUGCUCGCUGUCUUCUUGUCGCUCACCGUUUUGAUCACCAAACUCGCUCACUCCACUCGCCGGUUCGAUCCCGCCGGCAAGCUUUUGCCUCCUCCACUUGGCGUCAAGGCCGGUGCUUUGUCCAUCUUUGCCGCCUUGGGUAUUCCUCAAGCAGCGACUUACAGUAUUCCUUUUGCUCUAGCAUCCAUAUUUUGUGAUACUUCUGGUGCUGGCCAAGGCCUUUCUUUGGGAGUCCUGAAUCUCUCCAUUGUCAUACCACAGAUGUUCGUGUCGGUAAUAAGCGGACCAUGGGAUGCUUUAUUCGGAGGUGGAAACUUGCCGGCGUUCGUGUUAGGAGCGGUGGCUGCUUUUGCGAGUGGGAUAUUUGCAAUAUUUGUGUUGCCAUCUCCACCGGUUGAUCAGGUCAAUUCCAAAAUGGCAAGGAGUGCAAGUAUAGCUUUCCAUUGAUAAAUUAAUCAAUCAGUAAAUUUCAAAUAAUUAGGACCCAAUAGACAGUUUUUAGAUUUUUAUUUUUGUUUUGUUUCAUUUUUUUUUUUUUUUUUUUUAAUGAGCUUCUUAAGUUAGUGUUAAAAAAUUGGCAUUUGUAACCUUCGAAAUGAUCAAAUGCCAUCACCUGCCAUUCUCUAUAGUGGCAUAGAAUGUCUCUCUAUCAAUGCGUAAGCAUGCAUAAUAGAAUAUGAUCUUUGUUUUUA